AUGAGCGCGCCCGCAGUCCAGUCAGCUCCGGCUGAGAACCACAGCCAAAGCCAGAGUAUUGACGAAAAGAGUCCUGGCAAGACAACAACGGAGAUCAGUGCCGACAAUUCUGACGCUGAAGAUGAGAAAACGGAACCUCAGAAUGGUGUCAAGAAGAUCCAGGCCAUUACUUCCGCAUGGUCGUGGAGAGCCCUGAUUCUCACUUAUGUCUUCAUCUGGAUCACCUCCUACACGCAUUCCAUGCAGCAACAGAUGAACAGCAAUCUUGCCCCCUAUGUAACAUCAUCGUUCCAACGUCAUGGUCUCACUGCCACCACGGGUAUCGUCGCCUCAAUCGCUGGCGGUGUUUCUCAAUUGCCAUUCGCAAAGAUUCUCAACGUCUUUGGUCGCAUGGAGGCCUACAUUCUGGCCCAUGCUCUUUGCUGCUUUGGUCUGAUUCUGAUGGCCGUUUGCCGCAACGUCGAGACGUACGCCGCUGCACAGGUCUUUUGGACUGUUGGAAGCGGAGGCAUUGGCUACAUCCACACUGUCAUCAUCUCUGACACGACUUCCAUUCGUAACCGUAUGAUUAUCUACACCCUCAACUCAACCGCCUACAUUGCGAACGCGUUCGCCGGUCCCGUCGUUGCUCAGCUGUUUAUCGAGAAGAGCAGCUUCCGUUGGGCAUUUGGAGCCUUCGCCAUCAUCUUCCCCGCCUUCGGAAUGCUCAUCACUGGCAUGCUUUGGUGGAAUCUGCGCAAGGCCUACAAGAUCGGCAAAGGUCCUGAGUUGACAAAGAGCGGCCGCAGCGUUCAAGAGUCGUUGGUGUUCUACUUCAAGGAGUUUGACGUCGUGGGCAUGCUGCUGAUCAUGUUUGGUUUCUCUCUUUUCCUACUGCCUUUCAGUUUGGUUCGGUAUGCGGCCAAGGGAUGGGUCUCUGGCCACAUUAUUGCUAUGAUCAUCCUCGGAGUCUUUUGCUUAGUUCUCUUCGGACUCUGGGAGAGAAUGUACGCCGAUACACCUCUGGUCCCCUGGAAGAACCUCAAGGAUCGAACCAUCCUGGGCUCUGCCGCCACUGCUGGUGUCAUUGCUCUGAGCUUCAGCUCUUGGGAGUCUUACUUCUCAUCUUACCUCCAGGUUGUUCACAACCAGAGUAUCAGCCAGGCGGGUUUUAUCGGCAACAUCUACACUAUUGCGUCCUGCACGUGGGGACCCAUCGUGGGACUCCUCAUCCGCCAGACCAACCAUUACAAGUGGAUUGCCAUGGCUGCCAUUCCCGUUGCCUGCCUUUCCACCGGUCUUCUUAUCCACUUCCGCACCCCGGAUACCUACAUUGGCUACGUUAUCAUGUGCCAAAUCCUGAAGGCUGUCUCUGCUGGAACCAUCAUCAUCUGCGAACAACUCGCGGUUAUGUCCGUGAUCAAGCACAACGAGAUUUCAGUGAUGUUGGCCUUGAUCGGCCUCGCUACUUCAGUAGGUCGCUCUAUUGGACGUGCUAUUUCUGGCGCCAUCUGGACCAAUGAAUUCUUGGACAAGCUUAUCAAGUUCUUGCCUGAUGAUGCUAAGAGCGAAGCUGUCACAAUCUACGGAGAUAUCAAAGUUCAGCUUUCAUAUGCUUGGGGAAGCCCGAUUAGGGCUGGAAUUAUCCAGGCUUAUGGAGCGGUUCAGAGACACAUGGUUAUCUGCGGUGCAGCAUUUAUGCCGUUGGCGCUGGCUUGUGUGUUCUUGUGGAAGAAUGUCAACGUGUCCAAGGUGCACCAGACAAAGGGUCAAGUUUUCUAG